AUGGCGGAUAACUUUCUUUUAGUUCAAGAGCUGUUGAGUGACAUUAAAAAGCCCAAUCGGGGUGGGAAUGUGAUGCUCAAAUUGGACAUGAUGAAGGCAAAUGACAGGGUAUCUUGGAUUUUCUUGACACAAGUAUUGCGGCGCUUUGGGUUUAGCGAAGUUUGGAUUGAUAUGGUUUGGCGCAUCUCUAAUGUCUGGUUUUCCGUCAUUGUGAAUGGCUUGCCACAAGGAUUCUUUAGGUCCACGCGAGGGUUGCGUCAAGGAGAUCCAAUCUCGCCAACCUUGUUUGUGAUUAGAGCGGAGGUUCUUUCUCGGUCUUUGAAUGCAUUGGCGGGGCAUCGUAGUUUCCGACCAUUCAAAGUCCCGAGUAGUUGCCCUCUGGUGACUCAUUUGGCGUAUGCAGACGACGUAGUGAUUUUAAUGAGUGGCUUCAAGGCUUCUGUCAAGUUAGUCAAAGGGGUAGUCAAUAGAUACUGUGAGAUGUUGGGGCAGAAGUUCAAUUGUCAGAAGAGUUGCCUUUUGGUGCACCCAACUUUGCCCCUGCAACGCCGGAGGCAUCGGAUUCUCUCGACUGAGGGCAAAGUAGUCCUAUUAAGGAGCGUGCUAUCUUCGAUACCAAUCUAUUUGUUGGCGGCGGCGUCGCUGCCAAGGAGAGUUUUUGCCUUGUUGGAAAAGGUGAUGGCAGAUUUUUUGUGGGGCUCGACGGAUCUUGGCCCUAAGUUCCAUUGGAUUAGCUGGGGUGAUCUGUGCCGCUCGAAAGAGGAGGGUGGGAUCGGCGUUCGUAGCAUGGCGAAGGUGUAUGAUGCUUUCUCCAUUAAACUCUGGUGGAACUUUAGGCAGAAACACUAUCUGUGGGUAGAAUUUUUAACAGCUAUAUACAAUAAAGGGUUACAUCUAUGCCUGGAUGAGGGAGUCCCUUCACAGUCUUCUAUGUGGCGGAGAUUAUGUUCGGUAGAGAUUUUUCAUGAGAACAUAGUUUCAGAUUUUGUCACUCAGGCACAAUGGAACUUGGGGCUCCUCAAUCAGGUUUUACAGCCUGGGUUGGUGAGGCAAGUCAUUGAGGUUCCCCCUCCUUCCCCUCGCGGGUCUGAUAGGAUGGUUUGGGCUUUAACGCAGGAUGGGGUGUUUUUCGGUAGCCCCUGCGGCCCAACUAGGUGUCACUGUUGCACUGAACCAGGCGAGGAGGGGAUUAACCAUACCUUUUGCACAGGGAAAGUAGCCAAGGCGGUUUGGAGUAGCUUCGAGGAUCCAGGGGAAGCAAGUAGGGUGUCCACUUUACGGCACAGGGUGAUAUGGUGGUGGUUGCGCCAGGGGCAAAAUGUGUACCUCAAAUUCGUCUAUCGGCUGCUCCCUAUGAUCCCUUAUUGGGAGAUGUGGAAAGCAAGGAAUAGGGGAGUCUUUGAAGGGAGGAGACUGGUGGGUACUGAGGUGAGGAAUCUGGGGAUUAGUGGGGAUGGAGGUGUGGUGCGGGAUUUGGAAGGGCAGCUCAUCUUUAGUUAUUCCUACUUCUUUGGCUCCUUGACGAGUUUACAUGCGGAGCUUAAGGCUAUGGCAUGUGGGGUGCAAUUAUGUGUAGCUCGCAGCUUGCAUGACCUGCAUAUCAAGGUUGAUUCGCUCGUCUUGGUGCAGAUUCUGCAAGGGAAAGAUGCAUGCCCGUGGAGAUUGCAACGGGAGGUGGAUGGUUUGCUCAGAUACAAGCGGUACUUCGGGGAUAUCACGCAUUGCUAUAGAGAAGCGAACAAGCCAACUGAUUAUUUAGCUAACCUAGGAGCAGACACGGAGCAAGAGAUGAUUUUUGGGAGUCAUCGUGCUUUGCCUGGUAUGGUCCGGGGUGAGAUCCAAAUGGAGCGGUUAGAUUUUCCUAAUUUUCGUAAGAGAAGCAUGAGUUGA